AGCGCCAAUAACCCUUCGCUUAGAAACGGAAGUCGCAUUCUGCACGUUACCGUGCUUCCCUUGCUUAGAACAUCGCUAAGAACGGUUUUGUCGUUAUGCCUUGCUCUUGGUGCGUGUUGUAAGGCCUCGUUUGCAAAAUGAUUGCGCGUACAAGCGUUGCGAAGCCUGCGUUCGUCGAGGUCGUUCUUGCGAUGGCUCUGGCAUACCGCUUUCUUCCUAUAAGUCGUAUCAAGGAUGCUAAACGUCGUGCCGAACUUGAGCUAGAUAAAUCUCAACGCCGUCUGGAAGAAGCCUAGCGCGAGUUGUCCGAAAAG